AUGACCCGUAACCAGUCUAUUUACGGAUUAGUGCUCUUGGCAUUAGGGUUCGAAAACAAAUAUAAACCGCUUGAGAUUGUCACGUACAAUCCAACAGUACCCGAAGGCGGUCCGCAGACGCCGGAAAACUCUGCACGGAAUGAGGCCAUCCCAACAGCCCCGGGUCGGAGACAGAACCACCAAGCAGAAACCCUACGAGCCCCAGUGGUUGAGUUUCCAUCAUUGGACGAUGGCAAAAGAAUUAUAUACCAGACGGUCGCGAGCCUCAUCAGCAGCCUAAAGAAAGUCAUUACCCAACAGACCAACAUAAUUAAGUUAGCAAGGGCAGAAAUCCAUGAAAUCAAAACAGAUAACCCCCAAAAUCAGCUCAUCAACGAUCAACAUAAUCCUAUGACCCCAGAAAGAACUGAACUACGUCCGAAUCAGUACUGCACGGCCAAAGCAGCUGAUAAUAAUGGAAAUAACAAGGACAAUUUCACUAGAUCCCUGCCUACUGAUGCUGCAAAUAAACAUAUAAAAAUAGCCCUAUCAAUCACAGAACCCACCAAAGAGGUACAGGUAGUAGGUAUUAGCACCACUAAGACAGGUUAUGUAAUUAGAUUUAGAGAUGCUCAGUCAGCUGAAACAGCCCGGAACAACACUGAAUGGCUAGAAGAACUGGGGAAUGAAACCAAGCUGGAAAAGAAAAAAGGAAUUGAGAAGAUUAUGGAAGAGAAUGACCUGGCUGAGAAGGGAUUUGAAAUCGACGAUAUUGCAUGGCUAAAGAAGAAGGAUAGGCCGCUGGGAAAGUCUGCAUCGAUGGGCAUCUGGCUGAAUACACCGGAGGCAGCAGAAUUAAUCAUUAGUAAUGGCCUCCUAGUUAGACAAAGAUACAUUGGAAGUGUGGAACUCUACAAAGUUGAACUAAAGAGAUACCACCACUGCCAGAAGUUUGGCCAUCUAGCUUGA